GCCAUGCGUGCGCGGGUGCGUCGGCCGGCGAGGGAGCAGCAAACGGCCGGCGGCUGGUGCCGCGCGGGGGGGGGUGGGCGGCGCGGAGGCAGCGGUGGCCAUGGCCGAGGCGUCGCCGCAGCCCGGACGGUUCUUCUGCCACUGCUGCUCAGUCGAGAUCGUGCCGCGCCUGCCGGAUUACAUCUGCCCAAGAUGCGAGUCAGGCUUCAUCGAGGAGCUUCCGGAGGAGACCAGGAGCUCGGAGAACAGCGCUGCCCCAUCCACGGCCCCCUCCGACCAGAGCCGGCAGCCCUUCGAGAACGUGGACCAGCACCUGUUCACGCUGCCCCAGGGCUAUGGACAGUUCGCGUUUGGCAUCUUCGACGACAGCUUCGAGAUCCCCACUUUCCCUCCUGGGGCUCAGGCUGAGGACAGCAGGGACCCUGAGGGCCGGCGGGAGAGGGAGCACCAGUCCCGGCAUCGGCAUGGCACAAGGCAGCCCCGCGCCCGCCUCACUGCCAGGCGGGCCACCGGCCGGCACGAGGGUGUCCCCACGCUGGAAGGGAUCAUCCAGCAGCUGGUCAACGGCAUGAUCACCCCGGCCACCAUCCCUAGCCUGGGCCUGGGCCCCUGGGGCGUCUUGCACUCGAACCCGAUGGACUAUGCGUGGGGGGCCAACGGCCUGGACGCCAUCAUCACACAGCUCCUCAACCAGUUUGAGAACACAGGCCCCCCGCCGGCGGACAGGGAGAAGAUCCAGGCCCUGCCCACCGUGCCCGUCACCGAGGAGCACGUAGGCUCCGGACUCGAGUGCCCCGUGUGCAAGGACGACUACGCGCUGGGUGAGAGUGUGCGGCAGCUGCCGUGCAACCACCUCUUCCACGACGGUUGCAUCGUGCCCUGGCUGGAGCAGCAUGACAGCUGUCCCGUCUGCCGCAAGAGCCUCACGGGACAGAACACAGCCACCAACCCGCCCGGCCUGGGCGGCGUGAGCUUCUCGUCCUCCUCGUCGUCCUCGUCCUCCAGCUCCCCCAGCAACGAGAACGCUGCGAGCAACUCCUGAGCUGCCGAGCCUCCCGGGGACACUCGGCCCCUCUGUUGGGGCCGCGCCAGGCCCAGCCGGCGCUCCAGGGACCAGAGCCGGGGCGCUGGGGACACAGGACCCCGCCCCGGUGUGCACACGCGGGCCCGGCCGCCGUCCCGCCUCCUCACCCACCAGGCGCUCCUGGCAGAAUGGUUUUUAUGAUUUUAAAUUAUUACUGCUUUGAAAUAAACGGACGUUUUGGCUCACACGCGGCCACGCAUGGUCUGUGGAGAGGCCGGGUGGAGCCGCUGGCCAGGACCGCAGGGCGCCCGGCCCGGGAACAGGACUGCUCCGCAGACAUUUUCCAGAAGGAGAAAUGUGUGUAUCUCAGCUAUUUAAAUACAGCUACACCAGGAGCUGCCGUGUGCUGUGAUCCUUCGGCCCGGGGCAGCUGCCCGAGUGGUGUCACCAGGACUGCGGUGUCCUGGGCCGGCCCCGCCACAGGAGCGCCCUGUAGGGUGACCCUGGCUGGGUCUUGGGGGCUGGGCAGUGGCCAUGGCCAUCUCUGUCUUCCGAGUCCUGGAGUUUCAGCCCCACCAGAGGUGACGCAGGACGACACAUGGCAGAGCCCCUUCCUGUCCAGUCACUGUGGUUCAGCCCUGCUGGAUGUCUCCACUUGUCACAGAGAGUGUCAGCUGACUGCUGCUGCCCAAGCGGACACCCUGUGGAUGCUGACCCUGGAAUCUGCAUGGCAGAGAUCAGAGGCACUGCAAUGGGUGACUGCCCAGGGUCGUCCUUGGCUGCAGGACAUUCAUCUCCAGAUGUGUGUACCCCGCCUCCAGGCUGGUGCCACCCUGUGCCACUCUGUGCCUGGAGCUGGUGAAGCCCUAGGCAGGUGAUCAGUCACCCUCUGCCCUGCUACAGAACUAACAAGCAGUCACACAAA